ACAUUGAAUUAAAGAUCUGAAAGUGAAAGAAAAUGAAAUAAGUAGGCAAAGGGCCUGGGCUAAUAUAAACAAAUAAUGGAUGAUGUGCAUAUGUUGUUUAUGAAUACUUCUUUAAAACGAAAGUGUCAUGUGGAUCUUUGGAAUGCAUCUCCUAAAAUAGUUAAGAUUUCAAAUUUAACACAGGUACACUGAAUAGACUAGUCAUUCAUAAUCAUAUAAUCGAAGUUGAAGUUGCAACUAUUCGCCGGCGUUAUUCAAAGUUAUUCGGACCCGCUACCAGUACCAGAACUUUGAAGUGAGAGGUUGGGAUUAAAAAAAUAUUUCAAAUAUUAUUGUUGGGUAUCGAAUGAAAGAUAAUUGAAUGAACUAUAUGUGUGUAAACUUAAUUCUUCAGUUAAACUAAAAUAAGCUACCUCAAAUGACAUCCCAAUUGCCAAUAGCAUUUAGUUAAAAUGGAUCCGGACAUGCAUCCCCUUAUAAGCCUUAUUCAGCGGACAUGCAUCGCCGCUAUUCAGCUAUUCGGACAUGGGUCCCUUUAGAUUAGACUAAAUGCUAAUCGGAUGUCAUUCGUGGAAGUUUAUUUUAUGUUAAACUGAAGAAUUAAGUUUAUAAACAUAUAGUCCAUUCAAUUAUCUUUCAAUUGAUACUGAUACCAAAUUUUGUCGUACAAACCCCUACAAUAUAAUAUUUUUUAAUAAACCCAACCUCUCACUUCUGAUAAUAGUGAUACCGGUCCGAAAAGCUGCAGCCUUAUAUAAUACUAUAUUACACUACAUAAUAAUAUUAUACUUAUACUAUGACUCAUACUAGUCAUACUUAUAGUAUGUCUUAAGAAGCCUGGUCGGGAUGAAAUUAAUUUUGAAAAAAUAUAGACCAGUAUCUAACUUAUCAUUUUUAUCUAAAUAAAGUCAUUGAAUUUGAAAAACUAGUUCUAAAACAACUUUUUGCUUACUUAAACAACCACUCUAUUCUCAGCCCUAAUCAGUCGGCUUAUAAACCUUUCCAUAGCACUGUGACAGCUCUCUUGAGAGUCACCAAUGACCUCUUGUUUGCAUUAGACAGCGGUGAUAUCUCCAUUCUGAUCCUCUUAGACCUCAGUCUCAGUGCGGCCUUUGACACUGGUGACCAUUAAAACCCUUGAAAAAAACCCUUGAAAAUUACUUUGGAAUUCCCGGUUCAGUUUUGGCUUGGUUUAGGUCCUACCUCUCCGAUAGAACGCAGCCGGUCGCUGUCGAUGGCUGUCUCUCCGGCAGUGCUGACUUGGUUUACAGAGUGCCACAGGGGUCCGUUUUGGGCCCAUGUCUAUUCACAAUGUAUACCAGGCCACUGCUCCUCUUGCUCGGGAGGCAUGCUGUGGAGAGCCAGUCAUUCGCAGAUGACACGCAACUAUACAAGCAUACUGAUCCCUCUCUUCUCGACUCCGCUGUCCAGACUUUGCGGGAGAGUUUUGAUGAUGUCAAGACAUGGAUGGCACUCUGCAAGUUGAAGCUAAUCGAUGACAAAACGGAAGCACUCCUUAUUCACGAUGACAAAUCAUCCUCUAACUCAGCUCUCCCCACUUCAUUUCAAGGCGGUAACUCUGACAUACAGUUUACAUCCUUCGCUAGGAAUCUUGGUUAUAUUCUGUCUCACAACAUGUCACUCGAUAAUCAUAUCUCUCACAAUUGUCGCUCUGCAUACACUGCUAUCCAUCAGAUCAGUUCCAUCCGCCACUACCUCACAGUUAGCGCAACAAAAACCGCAGUCUGUGCUCUUUUUAUCUCUCAUUGUAACUCUUGUAUCAGGUUCACUAAAACACUUCAUUGAAAAAUUACAAAAGGUUCAAAAUUCAGCUGUAAGGUUAAUUGUAAAGGCAAAAAAAACGUGAUCAUGUCACAACACUUCAUUGGCUCCCUGUAUUACAAGCACAGAUUGACUACAAACUCUCUGUUGUCUGCCACAACUUUUUCUUGAAUUCCUACCCUUCCUGUCUAACCAAACUUCUCUAUGUCUAUUCACCCCUUCGACAACUUUGCUCCUCCGCAGACUUGUGUACCGUAUUCUUUCUGUCCCCAAGACUCGCACAAAAAUAUACAGUAAACAAUCUUUCUCUUUCUGUGCCCCCAAACAAUGGAAUAUUCUCUUCCACUACACAUUCGCAAUAUACCGACCAUCAUAGCCUUCAAAACUGCACUCAAAACACAUCUCUUUAAACUCUACUAUCCUGACUGAUUCCCCCCCCCCCCCCCCCCCCCCCCCCUAUUUGAUCACGUUUUCGGAUUUCAAAACACACAGUCACACAGAGCCCUUGUAAAACUUUUUUCUGACCCUUUCUCUUUUAAAAUGGAAGAUGCCACCCCCCCUCCCCCUUCCGACCAAUAAACGAUUCUGCUGGCUAGCCGUCCAUGGCUGGACAUGUAAAUAGUUCUUGAAUGUGUGGAGUGAUUAUAAAUUUGUUUUGUUUUAUUCAAUUAAUGUAUUUAAUUUUUAAGUUCAUGAUUAUGUUUGUUAAAUUUUACGUACAGCGUGGUGAGCCCAGCCCUAGGCUGGGGUGCCGCACUAUAUAAAAACACCAAUAAUAAUAAUAAUAUAGUAUAUAGUAUUAUAUAGUCAUACUCAAUCAAUAUCAUCAUACUCGUACUCAACUUCAUAGAUAGUAACUCAAAGUCAAAGUAAUCAUUAGUCAUAGUAUAAGUAAAAGUAUAUUCUAUAGUCAUAAAUACUGAUCACUCAUAAUCAUAAUAAUAAUAAUGUUAUUAUUAUUAUUAUAUUGAGACCUAAUGAAUUUAUUAUAGUGCCUAAACUAAAUAAUAAACAUUUGUCUAUGCCUAUUCUAUAGUAUAUUCCUCAUUAUUUUUAAAAAUUUAAUUUAUUUAGUUUAUCCAAAAUAUUGCUAUUUCAUAAUUUAAAAGUAUUUCAUUUAUGUUAACAAAUAUAUAUUGUAUAUUUAGGUAAUCAUACAAUUUUGGUGCACAAAUUUACAUGUAAUUCUAAUGUAAAAGUAUAUAAUCUUAUAAUAUGACUAUUUUUAAGCACUUUUCAUUAUUUAAGCAUAAGACAGUACAAAAGUCAUCAGCAAAAAAGAUAAUUGUCAACAAGCAAAGCAUGUCAUUAUUCUUGAACUUGAUAAUUUGUUCAAAAAAAUAAAGUUAUGGAUUUUUGAUGGAACAUUUCCUUGAGGUUCCAAACUGGCACAUUUCUGUAUCAGAUAUUUCCAGCAAUUGGUCCGGCAGGUUGUACUUGUCAUUUGACUGACACAUUCUGACAAUGCCAUUUGGAUUGACAGUGGUUGUCGGAGCAUGUGGCUACAGUCUUCUAGCCAUUUAUACUUUAUACAUUGGAAAUUAUUUAAAUUUACAGUAAAAAUUUUAAUUAAAGUGUAGGCCUACCUUCAAACUAGACAAUCUGUAUUUCCACAAUGUUCAUUACAUAUCACACAUUUGAAUGUAUUGAAUGUAAGUUGGACGAUUACCUAUACCAGUAUUUAUUUAAAAUAGGCUUACCGUAAUCUAUCAGAGGCAUAAUAUAUAAUAUAAGUAUUUAAUAGGCCUAGCCUAGUUGUACUACUCUUACUUAGUAUUUAGACUUUUGCUUUUAUACUUACUUAGGACCACUGCCCACUUUUUGUAGUUGUAGGCUUACUACUAAUAGCAUACUACUGUUGGUUGUCCUUUGCAUGUGAGAUGACCAAGGCAAGUUUCGACUCGAGUUGAGCUGUAUUUUGUGAGGGAUAGUUGCUCAAUUCAUCAGCCUCACUCUCUCAUCCUUUCCAAUUGGAUCCAAUAGCACUUUGUCAAGACUGGAAAUAGACCAUGAUGCAGUAGAUGACCAGCAGUGUGUGUGUGUGUUUUACUGUGCUCUUUAACUUUAUGUGUUCUACGUUGAAGGAGUUGUUGGAAUUUUCAUUGUCUCAUUGUCAUAAUGCCUACGGGACUCCAUCUCCGGGUUUGAUUUCAGAGUUUGCCUUCUCUUAAAUGAGUUGCCGCCCAAGGUUAACGAGUCUCAUGCACUUGGGGUGCUGGUGAUGUUUUUGCUUGUCUAAGCAUUUUCUGGGGAUUGAACUCCAGUUCACAAGCUUGGAAUUUACUCAGUUUAGACAGCUAUUAUUAUCACUCUAUUUUCAGUCACUUGUGACUAACGCCUGUUAGUUACGGAACAGACUUCUUUCUUCAAUUUUUAAAAAGUUUAAUAGUAUCUUACUGACCCAGACUUACGCCUUAAAAUUUGUGGCCAUGCCCAUAGUCUUAUAAAAUAAAAUAUUAUUGUUGAAAAUAAUAAUAAGGAUGCCGUUUUCUAUUUACAAUAAUUAAAUAUUUCAUUCAACUUGACUUCAUAUCAUAAAUUAUAAAACUAUUAAACAUAUGUUUAUUUUUACAGGGGUAUGUAUGGUUAUAUUUUGACAUACUCAUGUGUCUUAAUUUCUAAUAAAUAUAAUUCUUGACAUUAUCAUGUUAUUAUUGUUAGAUAAGCAUAUAGCCAACUUAUUUAUUUUUAAAUUUCAUUUUUUUAGGCACCAUCAUAUCAACAUAAUUAUCACAAAAAUGAUGUGCAUCAUUCAUUUUUGCAAUCAGAACCUGCAUUAGAAUUAGAUAAUCUGAUUUCGGGAUCUGGAAAGGGGCAAGGCCCUAAAAGUAAAGAUAACUCUGCCACUUACCUGAGUUCUAAGGAAGAAGAAGUGGAGAGUAAUUUAUCAACAUUGAAUUUACCUAAAAAUUAUGAGCCAGCUAAAGAACAUGUAAGUUAUUGGCCUGACCUUAACCAAAGACAUGUUACACAUACUCAUACUGGUCAGUCAGAAAUGGAUCACCAAAGCCAAGACUUGUUACAGUUCCAUUCCUUAAAUUCACAACAAAAUCCUUCCCAUUCUUUGAUCACUUUAAAUAAAAGUAUCUGUCCAGACUGUGCGGCUGGAAAGUCUGUAAGUAAAAGUUCAUUUUCCACUAAAUAAACAUAUUUAAAACCCAAUAAAUACAAAUUUAUUUCUUUUAAAAAUGUAACGUAAAGACUUGUAAAAUAUUAAAUUUGAGAUACGGUAAUAAAUUAUUAACAUCUCACACAAGGUUCAUGAAAGAAAAUUAUGUAUGUUUGACACUCUUGAGUAUUAUGUCAUAUUACUCUCAUCUUUAUAGAUAACUACAUAUUAAAACAAUGCUAACUAAAUUAAAAUGAUAAUAUGUAAAUAAAAGUAAAAGCUCUUUUUAAUAAAAAUAAAUGAAAAUGUAUUGAUUUAAAUAUCAUAUAUUCUUAUUUUUUUAUAAAUACAGGGCCAUAUUCGACAUAUUGGACGAUGGCGAAUGAUAGAUUCUUCACAAUGAUUAAUCUUUUUUAUUACAAAGCCCUUAUUUUUUAAAAUUUUAUUUAUUAUGACAGCAUGUAAAUAUUAUUUUAAUUUAAUUUUUAAUCGUUUUUUCUUAUUUUAAUUAAUUGUUUAUGUCUCUUUAUGAUGGCAAAGGGAAUCUCUUGUGUUAGUAUUAUUACCCAAUAUAUCAAAUUUUUUACCAUUUCAGUUGUCUAUCCACAAAAGCAGUGUAGUGCAGUGUUAUUUUUGUAAAAUUCUACUUUCCCCUAUAAAUAUUUUUUUGUACAAUGUUAACAAUGCCAUUUAUUAUGCACUACUUUGUUGUCAGCUUUUGAGUCAAUACUUGAAGAGAUCAGCUUUUGAUAAUGGCCUUGGGCUCACCAAUGUCACAACACAAGUCAAUUCUUGUCACAACACAGGUCAAUUCAACAACUUAUCUUUCAUGUCAGUAGUCUCACUUUUAAUGCUGACACUGUCAGUGACAGUCGAAGGCUUAUUUCCUUCAAAUGGUUAUAAAAAAAAUAUUACAUUUUGUUCCCUAUCCCCCAGACAAAAGCUCUGUAAUUGUGAUAAAUAAUGAAUUAUCAAAUAACAUAAUUAUAAAUAAUGUCAGUGUACAUUUUUCAAGCACUUAAUUAGUACAUUGUAAAUAUUUUUCAGUUGAUUAAUCAGAUAAAUGUAAUUGUCCAAUUUGCUUAUAUUCCCACACUAGUAGAAACACAGGCCCACAUGCAUUGUCAAUUGAGUUUCACCACUUAAUCCCUCUUCUACAGACAUGAUGGUAGCUGUCCUCGUUGUCAGCAAUAGUUUAUAUCUCUCCAAUCUUGACUCUAGCAUUCAAUGUUUCCCAGACUUGGGGUUUAUACUUAUAUUGCUAGUAAAACUACAUUGGUGACAUAUAUUUUAUUUUUUUCUGGCAAUUUUUUACGGCUGAGAAAUGUAUAAUUCAAGAUUAUAUUAAAAUGUGCUUGCAAGAUUGUUAAGCACUACUUUAACUUCAAUGUUGUUUUAAAUAACUGAACUUUUUAAAGAUUGAUAUACUUAAAUAAGUUGUGUUACAAAAUAUGUGCAAUUCUUUGAUAUAAUGAUGGAAUCUUAAGUUUAUACAUUAUGUAUAUUACGGUACUUAAAUACAUUUAUGCCUGUAUUGAAUUUUUUAUUGUUUCUAAAACCACUUAAAUCUAAGAUUAAUAAAAACAAAAUUUCAUUAUUUAAUGACUUCUAUUUUUUUAAAUAUUGCAUUUUUCCAUCUUU